AUCACCACGGCCGGCUUGCACUGUCUUUUGACAGCGGACGGUUCGGGCAACACAUCGGCUGGCACAUUUUAAAAGAGAACACUGAAAACUGUGCGAAUUGAGGCUGAUCUUUAGCUGGCAAAUCUCACUGGGAAAGUAUUUAAUGCAUGUUAGGAGUUCUUUCUUUGCUUUUGAUGACGGGAACCGAGAUUGAUGUUAAGUGAUUCAGCAUCACCUUGCCCCUGUUCACAGACUCCUUCAGGUUACCCCAAGGAUGACACAACAUCAUUAGCUGAUUAGGUGGCCAGACAGAGGAGAGGAGUCUGAGACAAUUAGCGGCCACUCUCAACCAGCUGCUGCUCAAGCCACUGUAUGUGAGCAGUCCUGAAAUAGUUCCUCUUCAAGCUGCCACCAGACAGUGACUGAUCAUCAUAGUGUUUCUACUACUUCUACUACUACGUACCACUACUAGUAAGUACUACAGCUAGUGCAUGGUUUGAUGAAAUCACGUUCCUUCAAGAGAGCCCAUCAUCAUCAGGUUAAUUGUAAGAGAGUCUGAGACAAUUAGCGGCCACUCUUAACCAGCUGGAUCCACUGUAUGUAUGUGAGCAGUCCUAAAAUUGUUCCUCAUCAAGAUCAAACCAAACCAUCGCCAGACAGUGACUGAUCAUCAUGUGGUGUUACUACCACUACUUGGACUAGUGCUGCUACUGCAUUGAUGAAAUCACGUUUCUUCAUGAGAACUCAUCAUCAUCAGAUAUUAACCAUCAGCAGUGUUUGAAGAGAGUGACAAGCCAAGACCCUGAAAAACAACUGUGAGAUUUGGGGGAACCAGUCACAACAAGGACCUAACUGACAUGGAAACGAGGAAAAAUACGAGAUAACCAUGGCCACAUGUACACUACAGGGGAAGAAGUUCUACUGCCGUGAGUGGGCAUUCCAAAAGCUGCUGCACAGUCUAGAGAGCAGACCUGCAUCUAAGACAUGUGGUACUCUCAUCAUGGGUGGGCCGGGCAGUGGCAAGACGGCCAUAUGCUCGGAGAUUGCCUGGCCCACUGCAAACCAUGGCAAGCAGAGGAGUCUCAACAAAAGAAUGCUCGCCUAUCACUUUUGUCAAGCCCAUGAUCUGGACACUCUUUCUGUGCCUAACUUUAUAUUGGGUUUAGUCAGCCUGAUUUCACGCUCGACGCUGAUUCAUGGAUACGAUGAAAAACUACGCAAUCCUCAUGUGCAAGCAGUUUUGGAGCCGGCUGCUUGUGAGAGAAAUCCGGACGAAGCUUUCAGGAGUGGAAUUUUACAGCCUUUAUGCUCUCUCAAUCCCCCAUCACGGAAUUGUUUCAUUCUUGUGGACUCUAUCGAUGAAGCCUACCCAAGGAUGGAUGGAGAACGAUGUUCUUCCAGUAGAACUGUUGCAGAACUCCUCGCCAACCAUCAUGAACUAUUUCCCUCAUGGCUCUGCCUGAUUUGUAGUGCACGCCGUCAGAGUAAAUCAGUGACCCGUAUGUUUACUGGAUUCCGGAAAUUAAGCCUUGACGAUCUACGCAAAUCACAUGUUGUACGAGAUGUGCAACAGUACAUUCUGUGUCGCCUUGACCGAGAAGAACUUCUGCGACAGCAACUCAGUAGAGACACUGCUGAAAUGUUGAACCAGUUACAUAUUAAGAGCAAUGGAUGUAUGAUGUACUUGGAGAAAGUCUUAGAUGGAGUCGCAGACAACUUCAUUAAACUGAAGGAAAUAUCGGACAUACCCGGAACUCUGAAUGGACUAUAUUUAUGGCUUUGCCAACGUCUGUUUAUCAAGAAACAGUUCACCAAGAUAAGACCGAUCUUAAAUGCAAUGUUAGCGGCCAAGUGUCCACUGACAGACAGAGAACUCUAUGCAUGUACAAGAACUCAUAACACCAGUCUCACUGAAGCAGAUUUCAAUGAGAGGUUGCUUAAAAUGGGCAAGUUGUUGGUUCGUGGAAAGGAUCAAAGAUUGCUUAUUUUCCACUACAGUUUUGUGGAAUGGCUUCUUGACGUGAAACAUUGCACACGGAAAUACCUAUGUAACAUGGCAGAGGGACAUGCCAUGAUCGCCAUGAAAUAUUCAUGUGAGGCUCCAAGUCUCACACCUGCACAGGUGCAGAACUUUGCAGCCAAUCUCUUGCAGGCGAAAUUUGUGCCUCCCAUGGAACCCCAUCACCUCACCCUUUGGUUAAUGUGGAUGGGAACACCUCUGAAAGACUGCCUGAUGAGCUCAACACCGAAAAGCCAACAAGUGCUACAGCUCCUUGUCUCAGCUGGGGCGAAGGUUAUAGACCUCGAUGAAAGCUCCAUUGCUCUGCAGGAUGCACUUGACAGGGAAGAUUCUCUGAAGAGCUUGCUCGAGAGUGGAGCCUCUAUCAACCAGGUGGAUAGUAAUGGGCGUUCUCUUCUUGCCAAUGCUGCAUACGGCGGAAAUUUAAGAGUAGUAAAUUUCUUAAUGGCCAGAGGUGCAGAUUCAACAAUAACUGAUAGAACUGGUCAAACAGCACUGGGACUUUCCGCACGCCAGGGUCAUUGUGAAGUUGUCAGUGUUCUCAUUGAAUACCAUGCUGAAUUGGAUCAUGUUGACCACGACGGAUGGACCCCUUUGCGAUCAGCUGCUUGGGCGGGACAUGCAGAUGUGGUAGCUGCCUUGCUAGCUGCAGGUGCUAAGGUAGACUGCAGUGACACAGACAAAAGAACGGCGCUACGUGCUGCAGCCUGGGGUGGUCACUGUGAUAUCGUCAUGAAUCUUGUGGAACAUGGUGCUAACGUGAAUCAGGCCGACAACGAAGGAAGAACACCUCUCAUAGCUGCUGCAUACAUGGGUCACAAGAAGAUAGUCGAGUAUCUUGCGGAAAAUGGAGCAGAUAUUGACCAUGUAGACUGUGACGGUCGCACUGCUCUUUCAGUUGCUGCAAUGUCGGUGGCUGUCAGCCAAGGCCACACAAGUGUCAUCACGCUUCUUGUUGAGAGGGGAGCUGAUGUUAACCACAGUGAUAAUGAAGGUAUGUCUCCACUUAUUGUUGCUGCCAGUGAAGGACAUCAAACUGUUGUAGAGCUCCUACUAGAAGGGGAUGCUGAUAUUGACCAUACUGACAAUAAUAAUCGCACAGCCUUGAUAGCUGCCUCAAAUAUGCGCCACACGAAUGUUGUUAAGGCACUCUUGUAUUGGGAUGCAGCGGUGGAUACCAUUGACAAUGAGGGGAGGACGGUUUUAUCUAUUGCCGCGGCAGAAGGCAAUGCAGAGGUUGUUCGUAUGCUUCUGGAGCGUGGCUUGGAUGAGAUGCACAAGGAUCACCAUGGCUGGACUCCAUUGCAUAUGGCUGCCUUUGGAGGUCAUAGAGAAGUUUGUAGGGUGUUUCUAAGCCAAACCAGCCCUGUUUCUGUGGACAUCAUGGACCGUGAUGGGAGGACACCAUUAACCCUUGCAGCACAAGAGGGUAAACUUGACACUGUCAAAGAACUUUUGAAUUACAAUGCAAAUAUUCACCACACUGCUCACGAUGGACGGAGUGUGGUCAGAGCUGCUUCCUUAGAGGGGCACCAAGAAGUUGUGAGGGUACUGAUUGAAGGUGAUGCUGAUAUCAACUAUAAAGACGCAGAGGGGAGAUCUACAUUGUACAUGCUUUCUCUAGAAAACAAAGUGCCCAUGGCCCAUUUCCUGUUAGAAUGUGGUGCAGAUACAGAGAAUCCGGACUUUGAGGGUAGAACACCGCUGCAUGUUGCAUCCUGGCAGGGCCAUACAGAGAUGGUGAAUGUACUGCUUACGUUCAAAGCAAAUCCAAAUGCUGUUGACAAAGAAAAGCGAUCAGUAUUGCAGUCGGCUGCUUGGCAAGGACAUGUGAUGGUUGCAAAUGCUCUGCUUGAAAAAGGAGCCAACAAAAAUCAUACUUGCAAUCAGGGUGCUUCUGCACUUUGUAUCGCAGCUCAAGAAGGCCAUGUGGAUGUUGUGAACUGUUUGCUGGAGCACGGUGCUGAUCCAACUCAAUCUGACAAGCAUGGACGUACGGCUAUGAAGGUUGCACUCAAAGGUGGCCACACAAGUAUAAUAAAACUGUUGGAAAAGUGUGGAGUGCUAAACCCAGUCUCGCCAAUGCCGUCUAGAUCCGCUCAUAAUCGGAAGAAUGGAUGUGGUACAGGCGGAUCUUCGUCUUCAAAUCAGAGCAGUGAGAAUGCAAAGACUGGAUCCUCAGGGUUGUUGACCAAUGGCGGUUUGAUGCAAGCUAGCUCAUCUUCAAACUCGCCAGACUCUACAUUUGAUCUACGAAAGUCAACUGCAUCCAACCAGUCAUCCAAAUCUUCUUCAAACUUGACAUCAGUUUCAACUGCUAACUCUACUAUCCAACUUCAUGCUCCAAAAGAAAACAGCCAUAGGCACUCUACUUUCACGGAACAACUUCAGCAUCUGGCACCUCACAGCAAGAAGAGGGGUGGCAGCUCUCACGGGAGAUCCCAGGAACCGAGCAGAACCCAGUCUGUUGCCAAGGUAACACCAGCUUCCUCCUUCCAGACAAUUCCCGAAAACAUCAUCACUGCCCACAGCACUGAAAAAUUGCAACACGGACAAUGCAAAAGCCAGACUGGUGCCGUACAGUCUCCAAGACGGUCACCCUCUCCUCAUAUCUCUUCCAGGUCAACUUCUCCAAGUCUCCAACCAUCAAGUCCCCUGUCUCAAGCAUCGCAAUCUCCAGUCAGGAUGAUAUCGCCACAAACAUCGCCAUCACAUUGCCAGUUUCACAAUAACAACAAGCCUGGGUUCCCUUUCAAGACUCCCCAAGGCACAACAUCUGAAAUUUCUGUUGAGGUACACAGCUCUCAAGAGAUAAGAUCUGCUUCACAGCCAAGGAUGGGUGUCCACAAAUCCCCCAAAGUCGAGAGAAGGGGAAGGUCUUCAUCUUUGAAGGAUCAACGAAAGACAUCAAUUCACCAGGUGCCUCCGCAGAAUGGACACAAUCAUAUAAACGGUCAGGCCCCAUACCAACCAUCCCCACAUGGACAACAUGUGCAGCAUCAAUCACUGCAAAACAUCCCUGUCACUAAUGGCAACCAUCGCCAAGCGCAAUCACACAACUUUCAUCCAUUUUACUCGCCACCGAUUCAGCGUAGAUUUGACCCGUCUAUGCAAUCGCAAUGUUGCCAUGGAAGUAGCACGAUGAUUCCCGAGCAACACUCCCCAGUCCACAGCACCUCCGGAGCACCUAACCACCAUCGAUCCAACUCACAACCUGUUCCCAUGGACUGCCACUGCCACGAACAUGUCCACUUUCAACGUAAAGCCUCAUUGCCUGUGUCUUUCAAUCAAAUUAAUCUACAGCGAGUUCUCGCGGCGAGACCCGAGUCACCGGAACCAAGGCCAAGACGAAAUGGAAUAGUCACUAAUCCAAAUUAUAAGAACUAUCAUAACAAGACCGGGAUCCAUGGGAGUCAUACGAUGUUAGCUCAACACAGCAUCAUUGCAGGAGAUAGUCACAGAGGACUGUCACCCAUGGAACUUAAGCAGGCGAUGAAGGCUAACUUUGAGGGAUCUUGCAGGAAUGGAUACAACAAGAAGGAAACGCCAUUAUAAAUCAAUGAUACCAACCUGAAUGUUGUACAUGUAUCUUGUGCUCAAGUCAUCCUGGAUCUCAAUUGCUUACCAGGGACCAUGGAAUUCCUCCUGAUGAUCAUCCUGUCCAUCGUCCAAUCCAAGGUUUCAAGGGAACUGGCGGAUUUCCUUAUUGUUCAACCCAGCAAGCUGAAACGAAGCAGAGAAAAACAGGACCAAGGACAUCAAUGUUCAAUCUGAUUUGAUGAGUCUGAGGACAAGACAAGACCCUAUUGUUACACCUAAGGCCACUUCAAUAAAUACUUGGACCUAACUUCAGGUAAUCUGUAACAUGCCCUCUGCUCAGAAACUUUCCCAUGAGUUGAUCAGUGAAUUGUGCAAAUUGUUUAAUUGUAUCAGUGCUUGGUGAUCACAACAUGCUGCAGUGUUGCUCUGAUUGCAGCAGAUUUCAUGAAGAGAUAGUUACCUUCAAGGUUCAAUUAAGGACAUUUUCUGAACAAAUUUUCCCCAAGGUUUUUAUGUUAUUUAAUAGUUCGGGUGUGAACAGAGUGAGAAUUAUGAAAUACCACUAUACUUAUUAAAGCUGCCAUACUGAUUUGAAAUUGCUGCAAGAAAAAAAAAUUAUUUCAGUUUAUUUUCAAGUAUUGGAUUAUACAAUGCCAAAAGAAUGGUAUUUAAAUGUAAGCGCAGUUGUCCAAAACAAUUACUGUUAUACACAUUGUUAUAAUUUAAGAGGACAAGAAAUACAGUAUUAAGAAAUGAAAUACACAAUUACAAUGUAUUUUUUUUGUGUUUUGUUUUAUGCACAUCAAGUGACUCAACAUUAGCAAAUCAUACUUGGGCUCAAUCAACUAGUAAAUCCAGGUCUCAAAUUUUCAAAUAUGGUCGGAGACCAGAAUCACAAAAAGGAAAACCUUUUACACAGUUAAACGUUUUAAAUUUUAAUUGAACAAGCACUAAGACAUGUAAGAAUAGGUGCACCCUAUGAGUCUUAAUGAAGGGUAUGUGGUGUUGAACAAAGACAAAUUGACUAGUGCGGGUUUUGAACCACCGACCUCCGAAUUAACAUGCUGGUGAUCUACCAACUGAGCUAUCUAGCCCUAUGUUGGUGGUCCCCCUAUUGUUUCAAUGUGUUUGUUUGAGGGUGCCAAUCAGAAGCCAAAAGCCUACAUUCCCUACAACCUUUAACUACCUGGUAGUAGCCAGUGAUCGCACCCUCCUUUACGAUACAACCUUGGAAGCGGCAGCCAAGGGGUCACCUACAGGGGAUGCACAUUUCUGGAAGGUCAUUCGUCAGACUGAAAGUAAACAUCUUGUGUUUUUAUUCCAAGAUCUUACACAGUGAGAAAACCAAGCUAUAAUUCAAUUUGAAAACUCAAGAAGCCAGACUUGUCCGGUCAUGAGUUUACUGGCCGAUGCUAAAAACACUGGCCUCAGGCUGGCGGCCCAGUAUUAUUUUCAAGCCCUGCAGAAAUCUAUUCACAGAUUCUCAAAGGACCUAAACUGUCCACUGAUGCCAUACUGCAUCUAUGCUGAUCAACUGCACACUGGUCCCAUUUCAUUCCAGUCCUCAUUUAUUUGUUACUGUUGCAAGGACACAUGUGUACAUGAAGGAGGAUUAAGAAGGAUUAAGUAGGAUUUAGCUCAGCUUCUAUAUCUUCCAAUCUUACAUUGAAAUCUUUUACUGUAUUGACAGUAUUCUGUGUAUUUGAACAAUUUGUUGAUCUCAGGCUUGAACCGUCUACAAAUCCACCAAAUGUAUGUACUUAAUUCUGUCGCAAUCAUUCACUACUUAAGUCUUUUAAAUGUGGACUCAACAUGAUGGUGUUUUUUUUUUACAAAUUCUUGAUCAAACAUGACUUUUUUAUAUUCCAAGUAAAACAACCCCCUGAGCAUUAUUUAACUUGCUCAUUAAUGAAUGAAUGUAAUCUACUCACAUGAGACGUGCUAAAAAUUGAUGAAACAAGUAAAGAUAAGUAAUAGGUAAAAAACUAGUUACAUGUAACUGUGAAAAUAGAUAAGUUGCAAUAGACGCCAUCUUUACAGGCAAAUUGCAUUUUGGCGUGCAGGGGUGUCAAGCGCUCAGUUUAUUAACGCAACCACGCUGUUUACUAAACCAAUCAGGCAAUGAGUUUUGUGAAAUGUGCGCGUGCUGCACACCGUUCUUGCGCAAAACGCAUGGCUGCAUGUUCCAAAUUGCCCGUAAAGCUGGCCGAUUUAGGUCAUGUGUUAACUAUCUAUAGGGACUCUGGCAUGGGGUAAGGAAAAAUGCCAAUGUCAUUAUAAAAGUUUAGUAGACGUCAUUAUACAAGUGUACCUUUAAAGUGUUAAGUAAUUUCUAAAUUACAAUUUCAAAACAUUUAUGCAUUAAGUAGUUGGGUUUUCUGCUCCAGUGUCACUUACCUUUUUUCUUGUUAAUAUUGUUGUACAUUGAAAUACUUUUAAAUAUUAAGAAACUUUAAAGUGACAUACUGUUGUGUUUUACUGUUUUUUGUCAUUUUGUUUUUAUGUAGAAAAAAGGUGGAGGGAUUAUGUAUAUUUAAAUCGUGUACAUAAACAAAGUUUAUGCUUACAGUAUAGCCAAGGGGCAUAUGUUCAUGUGUGUGUUUGUAAGUACCUUUAAUAAGAAACAAAUUAUUAAGGUUAUAGUUCACAAGUUGUUAACAAUUUGAGGAACUGCUCUGCAGCUCUGCUGUUUAUGAAGCGUUUGAGCGACAAACAGCAAAUAUAAAUGGUAACAAUUUUCCAUAGAUUGAAGUAAAACCUAAAAGGAUCUGGGCCCACCUUCAUCAAGCUGUUAAAAUUUCCUUGCUAACCAGAAAACACUGCUUAACUAAUUGCUUUGCUAGGCAGCAAAUGAGUGGGGCAGCAGUAGCAACAAUGUACACUUUAUGGAAUGUUGGCUGGUAACCUGUUUUUGCUCAGCAAGAUGUCUGUGCUUAGCAAGUUUUUGAAAGGGUUUAUGAAAUUGCAUGGCUCUCCUGCCUACUGUGUUAUUAUGCGCUUAUGGUACAUGUAAAACACACAAUACUACGGGCUGUAAGCACAGAAUUCCACGUUAAGCAGAGCCAUGAAAUUGGGCUAUGUUAGAUAUUUUGCUCAGCUUUUUUUUUUUUAGCUCUGUGAAAUUAUCAUGAUUUUCAAAGUUCAACAAAUAAUGCACUUCUUUGUUGAUGUUACAGUAAAGAAACUGUCACUCUCAUUCUUUUUAAAAUGCUACGGUAUAAAAUAAUAUAUCAUUCCGUAGUCACACUCGACCCUGAUUCAAGCUUGUUGAUUUUAAAGGUAUUUGUUCAUCAUUUCACUCUACAGUUUUAGCACCUUGAGCAUGAUACGCACUGUAGCAUAAAAUCAACAUACAUUGCUUGUGACUCACUGCAGAAUUGUGGGGUCAAAACACAGUGAAAGGAGAGAGAGUACUUUGGAUUGAGAAAGAAAAAAAAGCUUGCCAAUAUUAUAGUGUUUACAAAAGGGGUAUAUAAGAAAAGCCGUUAUUGAUUAGCCCGGGGAGCCUUUCACGCUUAGAGCUUCUUAGUGACUUGUUAUUGAUUUGUUGAAACUGAAAACAGUUUUUGCUUGGCCGCAAGUGAGAUGUUUUAAGGACCUAAAAAGGUUGUUUGUUUGCUGGGGUUGUUUGUCCGAUUCUUGUAACCCUUUAGCUUUGUGUCAACACAUUAUGUAAACAUCUAGCGAAAUGUCUAUAAAUGCAAAGUUCACAGCAACUAUAGAGUAAAUUUGCCAACAAUUACCCUCUUGACAAAUUACAAUGCUUUGAUCGCUUUCUCAUGAGUCUUGAUUAUGUGUUCAAAGAACAAAUAACUCUGUUAUUUAUGUUUUUUAUUUUGUUCUGAAACAACAAAGUGGCGCAAACUGUAUUGUGGUAAUGAUAUAAUGUGCUUUAGUAAUAAACAAUGAUCCCAUGGAAACCAAGCUCACCGUGGCAAUA